GCGCCGGGGAGGACGCGGCCACGCGACAGCGCGACAGGGCGGCCAUGGGCCUGGCCGUGCAGCCCGGGGCGCCCUACGCGCGCGCGGGCGGCUCCGAGCGCGGCUGCUGGUUCUACCUGCGCUACCUCUUCCUGUUCGCGUCGCUCGUCCAGACCCUCAUCAUCGUGGGGUUGGUGCUCUUCAUGGUGUACGGCAACGUGCACCAGGGCACCGAGGCCAACCUGCAGGACACUGAGCGCCGCGCCGCCGCUCUACACGGCCAGGUCGUGGAGCUGACGGCCGCGCGCGCCAACCUCACGCGCGAGCUCAACCUCACGGCGCGCGCCAAGGACAGCAUCAUGCAGAUGCUGCUGGGCGCGCGCCGCGACCUGGAGGGCAUCAACGCCAGCUUCCGCCAGUGCCAGGCCGACCAGGCCAUCUACCAGGAAAAACUGCGGUACCUGGUGGCCAUCAUCCUGAGCGAGCAGAGGUGCCAGGAGCAGCUGAAGGCGGACAACAAGAGCUGCCACGACCGACUCUCCGUGCUGGGCGAGAAGGGCAGGACGCUGGAGAUAGAGCUGGCCAAGGAGAGGGCGCUGUUCCGCAGCGAGAAGGCCGUCUGGGAGCAGGCCCGGCGCCAGCUGGAGGCGCAGCUGGCCGAGUGCGGGCGCGCGCGGGAGCAGCUGGCGCAGCACCAGCGGCUGGCGGAGGGGCGGCUGCAGCAGGUGCAGGCGCUGUGCGCGCCGCUGGAACGCGACCGGCUGGAAACCGAGCUGCGCACCCUGUGGCGUGACGCCGUGGUCUCGCGCGCGCUGGACAGCCUGGGCUACAGCGCCGGCCUCAGCCCCUUCCACUCCGUGGGGACCGAGGUGGCCGCCAUCCGCCGGACCUGCGACCAGCUGCCCGCGCUCAUGGCGGCCAAGGCCGAGGAGCUGGCGCGCGGGUUGCGCGCGGGCAUCGAGCGCGCGGCGCGAGAGAACGCGGAGCUGCGCGCGCAGAAGCUGGAGGCCGAGCAGCGCAUGCGCAGCGGGCAGGCGGCGGCUGAGAAGGCGCAGCGGGAGGCGGCGCAGCUCGAGGUCCAGUUGCGCGCGGAGUGCACGCGCCAGACGAACCUGGUGCAGGAGGAGAAGGCGGCGUUGCGCAAGGAGCAGGAGGCCCUGGCCAAGGAGCUGGACGAGCGCAGGCGGCAGGUGGAGCAGAUGCAGAUGCAGGUGGAAGUGAAGAGCUCGGCGCUGGACACCUGCGUCAAGGCCAAGUCGCAGCCGCAGACCCCUCCUCGCCCGGGGCUUGCACCUCCCAACCCUCCGACCAUCAUUGACUCAGCCAGCCUGGAGGAGUUCAAGAAGAGGAUCCUAGAGAGCCAGCAGCCCUUUGUGCUCCGCCCGGCCAAAUGCCGAAACCCAGGCCCUGAGAGGGCACCGUGGGGGCACCUGUCAUCCUGGCUACUCAGAAGCCCCAGGCAAGAGGAUCACAAGUUAGAGCUCAGCCUGUGGCUGAGGAAGCGACCUCAGGACGCAGGUGAGGAGCCGGCGAGGACACUGCACGCGCUGCCGACCCUGGGCCAUUGCGCCUACCCCCCGCUGUCACCGCGCCCCCCCCCGCCGCGUGAUGUCACCGCACUGCCACGUCAGGAUGCUCGCUCGCAGCACGCAGACUCCGCGUGACGUCACAUCGCCACGAUGACGUCACAGCGGAGACGGUGUUGCGCGCUGGCGCCUGCGCAGAGGCCGCAUUGGCGCCGUGGCCCCCGAAGCCUUACCGCGCGGCGAUGACGUCACAAAGCCACGGCGCCGGGGGCAGCGGCCGCACCGGGCGGAGACACUCGCCGUGACACUCACGCGUUGCCCGUCACAGCCCGCCGAGGCGCCCACAGCAUCCCUGGCUCCGCACCGCCCUGCGUCCCGCCGCCCUCCCUCCUCCGCUCCCUUAUCUCCCCUGGCGGAGGUGAGAACAGGAAGCCAUUCGCCGCCACACACCCCACCUCCGGCGUUUCCAGGCCCCUCGCUGAGUUUCCAGACCUUCCUUGGGAGUUUCUAGGUCCCCCUUGGGGGUUUUGAGGGCCCCCCCUUGAGUUUCCAGGAGCUAGGGAGGGCCUGGGCCCGGGAUGACAGACCCCCACAGGCCUCGCACGCACAGCCCCUGCCCUGCCUGCGGCCAGUACAGAUACUGGUGUCAUUUAAUAAAUAUUGUAAACCCUG